AUUCGACGUUGGUCAUCUGCACUCGAUAGAGCUAUCGUCCUUCGAGGGUUCAUCUUUUCUUUUUCUUUUUCUUUUUUCUUUUUCUUUUUCCUGUCCGUUGUCCAUCCUCCAUUCCCGAGUGCUCUUACAUCUGCCGCACAAGGGGACCUGUUCAUCAUCUCACGCCUCAUCUUGUCUCCUCAAUAACCGUGCCGGUCCUGUUUCCCGCCUCUGCCGCUGGCCUGUAUCCACUUCUAUAGCAUUAAAACACGAUGGAGCCGAGUUUCUGGAACAAGCUGAGAAAGUCACUGACGACCGCACCCAAGACACAGCCGAGCAGUGCUGUGCAGCUGACACGCUUCAACAAGUGCUGGACCACUAUUCAGAAUGGGUUCUCGACACCAGAGAAACGCAGCCUUUAUGUCCAACAGACCGAGAUCCCAGCCCGGCUCAAGAACAUGGUGGAUCUCCUUGUGGACGAAGAGUCACGUCUGGAUGAUGAUGCUGCAGGAACAACGGGAGUGUGCAUGGAGUAUCUCCUCAAACACAAUAUCCUGGCCAAGCUGGUCAACAUGGCGGAGGGCGAUCAACCCAAGGGUAUCAUGGGCGAGACCAUUCGAACGAUUGCGGCCAUGAUCAACCUCCUUGAUGAUCGCUUCCUUGUCCACAAUGCCGUCCACAAACCGACCGUCAAACUGCUGCGAACAUGCGCCUCUGGUACAGAACUUCAGGGUGAGAGCUAUCACGAGGACCUUGUGGAUCUGAUGUACAUUGUCUGCUCAAAGAUCCACGGAUAUCCAGAGCUGCUCAACAUCUUUUUCCACGACAAGCAAUGGUUGACGGUGCCGCAGAGGGUGGCCGCGAAGAGGAUCCAAAAGAAUCUGCAGACCAUGGAGAUGUUGAAGAAUCUGAGGGCUUCGACCAGCGAGAAUGCAGCCGAGAAGGAAUCGCCAUCGCAACCACUGGAUGGAUCGCAAGCGGCUCUGGAUUCGACCGAGCAAGAAGAACCGGCCUCUGAACAAACCUCUGUCGCCGACGGCCAGGGCACCCAACAAACUACGCCAGCACCGAAAAGCGACUACGAAUUCUUGCUGUUCACCUAUCUCUCGAAAUUCGUGCACCGCGAGGGCAAGACGGGUGAUUUUGCAAGGACAGGAUUGCUCUUCCUUAUGGAGCUGGCUACUGGUUCUCUGGGGGAGUACAUCAUCGAGUCAGAUUUCACUUCCUUCCUGAGCGCAGGUGUCGGUGCGUCGUAUUCUCAGCUUCCGCGUAAACUGCUCGUUCGAGGCGGACCGAACACGAUCAACAGCAUGGUCGGAACACUGAAUGAUCGCGCGCCACCAACAGAGUCAACCCCAUCGAGGCGCGCCAACAUCGAAUUGUCUACCUCGACUGAUUUUCAAUCGCGACUGGAUGCAUUUUUGAAGCUCCUCGAAUUCUGUCAGGACAUCAUGAUGCGAUGCCCCAACAGCGAAAUCGUCGACUCGCUUCUCAACACAUUCAAGACAGUGUUUCUCGAGAAUAUCCUGUUCCCGUCCAUCAUGGAGUGCUCCGACACCGAUGGCAGCUCGGUCGCCGUUAUCAGCUACAUUGAUCUGAUUCUUCAAGUAUUGGAGCAUGAGGCAUUGGUGGACUUGGUCCUUGGGUUCUUAAUGUCCUCUGAGGAUGACAAUAGAGCCACAGGUGCAUCACAGGACACGGAUGAUGCCUUUGCAGAGAUUCAGAAUCCACAAACGACUUCAUCCUACUUCACGGCGAGUGGACGCUUUACGCUCAAGGACUUGAUCCUCUCCCGGCUCAAGUCUCGAUCUCAGCCGACUGUAAUUGCGACCCUGAAGCUGUUGAACACACUCAUCACCCGCCAUUGUAAAUACUCGCUCAAGCUGCUUAGCAUCCAGCCAGACAUCAAGGCGACAUCAUUCCGGGACAUGCCAGGCCAAUCCAACGGAGGAGAUGGGGACUUGCCCCUCGUCAGCCAUCAUGUGCAUGAGCUGGAUCUCUUUUACGCCCUCAUCUCGACUAUCAACCCUCACAACACUGCAGAAAUCUUUUGUCACGGCUACGAGUCCUAUCUCCGGGAUGCCGAGGGUGCAGUGGAGACCCAUCAAUGUUAUUUGAGGAGCAAGGAGAUCGAUGGCAGUCAGGCAACCCCAGGCCAACUCUCGGCGCUCGAGCGCAAGAAACAGCGUCGUCGUAGCAUGAAGUAUGGACAAAAGAUGGACCUCCCGGACGAUCUCUCCGGAGAUGCCUUUCUUCGAGAGCAGGAAAAGAACACGGAAGCCAUGGCAGCUCUCAGCUGCUGCGACAAGCCUCGCUCGCACCCUGUGCCUUUGCAUCGUCUGCUUCCUUCUGAUCCGCUGCUCCAGAUCCUGCUGGGUACUUUGUCGCACUUUUUUGCCCACAGCGUUGAACUUAACUUGGCGCUGACUGGAGUCAUCACCUCUCUGGCUGUCUGCCCCUAUCGCUCGUUGGAGGGUUGGCUCCUGUUCAAGAGUACAGACAUCAGGAAUCCAGGCGAGGAUGGGCCUGUCGAAGCGGCAGUUGGUGCCCAAGUCAAUCCUCAGGCAGACGUUCGAUUCGAACUCGGUGACUCUGAAGACGAAGACACGCUGCCAUCAUACCUGUCUCGAGGCACCAAUGCCAAGGCAAGCAAAUCUGCCUCUGCCUCACAGGCCUCAGUUGCCAUCUCUGAUGAGGCCACUGGAGCCACCUCGUUCAAGUCGUUCCCUCCAUUCUUCACCAUGCUCAGGACGCUGACGCAGCAAGUCGACUACUACCGCAGCGAAAUCGACGGGUUUGAUGAGUACCUCGCGGAUCGACGACGCAUCCUCCUUGUCGCAACAGAGCUCAACAGCGCUAUUCACACUCCAGGAUUGUCAAGCCAGCAUCGCUCUCAGCAGUACCCACAACAAUACUACCAGCAACAGCAUCAGUAUCCCAGCAGCGCGUUUGGAUCUAACGAGUCCUUUGCCAAUCAGCAGAUUGCAAGUGAGAUUCGCUCGGGACAUGGCACCCCGACAUCAAUGGCGGGUUCUUCUAUGAGCCACGGUGGACCUAUUAACCCGCAAUUUUCAGGCACAUCCCAACGAAUCAAUACAAAAAAUCUGGCGCCGGAGGGAGCGCAAUCCGCUUCUUCACACACGAUCAGCUCGCCCAAAGCAAGGAAGAGCAGCGCACCAUCCAGCUUGAUGUCGUCGCCAUCCAACAUGCCAUUCCUGGAUGCCUCGGGUUAUAGGCGACCUACAAGUAAGCCCGGCAGUAGCAGCAGCAGUAUCAACAGCGGCAGUCUCCCCGGAGGCGCGGAUUCAGAUAUGCAGAGUAUGCAUAGCGCAACCACCAUGCCGAGCUCGGUCCAGUCUUCAAGGACAGCUGUUUCAGCUUCAGCAUCAUCAUAUUCCUCAUCUAUGCACUCUAACUCUGUGGGAUCAAGACCGCCCAUGGCUUCUGGAAUGGCAGGAGCCGCUGCAUCGGUGGCGGGCGCUCAGUCGUCGUCGUGGGGAUCGUUUACCGCCAAAUCCCAGCCGGUCCCGAACCCAGUGCUUGUCAGGACCAUGGAGACGAUGAUGAUUAAGCCCUUGUUUCCAGACGGUUUCGUGAACGAUUCGGAUAGCGAGGCAGAGAACGAGGCUGCAGAGCACUCGGAUUUGAGCGAGGAUGAGGGUGCAGAGGGCGAAGGUGCAGAGGGGGCGGAGGAUACACCAAAGAAGUCCAAGCGGGCGGGUCAGAGAACACGCGAGGCCUCCACGAGCUCCUCAAACGAGACCUCAGAGACACCAUCACAACAACAUGGAACUCAUCGCGAAAAGAUGGUUACGUUGGGUCAAUUGUUGACGAACGUUGUGAUUUUGGAGGAGGUCGUUAAGGAGGUGGUGGCAGUCGCGCAGGUGCGUCGGGGCCUGGGUGUGGACAAGGUGCGGUUUUUGUAAAAUGUUGACCCAUUUUUUUUUUUUCUUUUUUU